AUGCCUGAUAUCAAUAAUUAUGCACCUGUUUUACCCCAGUCGUCUGCAAUGCCGAGUUCACAACACGAUCCUCCAGCAGAGGUCGGUAAUCCACCGACCACCCAGCCCAUCCAUGUGCCGGCAAGUGAUCGUUCAGCUCAGCGCUCGAUCCAAAUGUUCGUACCCACCCAUCGACCACGCACACCUCCUCCCUUCAUUUGUCCCAAGUGGGAUCACCCUGGAAAAGACCUUCGCCAUGCCCUGCACACUCAUAUCGACACAGAAGAUCCGCUCGUGAUUAUGGCUCAGAGUAUCCCCCAAGCAGCCGAAGUCCUUUGGCACACUCUCCUUCACCUCGGCCACCUCAAAUUCACCCUGCCUCCCAAUGAAGCUAUUGAUCAUCAUGCUCAUCCAGAACCUCCCCUUCCUGAUGGCACAACAGUAGAUUCGUGGUGGAAUCCAGCUGGUUUCACUCGUGCAGAGAUACAUAUUCACAACCAAUCAGCGAUGGGAAACAGCCUGCUGAAGGGGACCUUGACCCUCAUUCUGGAAUGGCUCCUUGAUCCUACUCAUCCUGACAGCUGCUACAGUUUGCUUCCCAGUGGAUCGCUAUACCUAUACCCCCGCAUGCCAGUUUACAAUCUCACAGUGGACCAGUCUGCAUUCUGGUGGGCACAGGGCUUCUUCCUCGCCCUGUGGAUCCUCUCGACUCAACAAGCACCCCUGCCCCUGUUCGCACCCAUUAUACAUGCUCUCCUUGCCGAAAAUAUUGAACAGUGUCAUUACCAGCUAGACCAAUGGCCUGCCGCAGCCAUCAACGACAUCGAUCCCUGCCUAGCAGAGUUUCUCCGACCUUGGUUAGACCUGCAGAAAACACAACCCGUCUCCACCCAUGCCAGUAAACUUGAUCGACUUCGUGAGCCUGUGCCAGUGUUUCUCAUGGAACAUUGCGCAGGCAUUGUCUCUCCUAGUGAGGUUGGUCUGGGACCCACCCAAGAUCCUGACCUUCACGACAACCAGGACCGAGCCAUCUGUUCCUUCCACAUAAUUUCACCAAUCCUUCGGCUCACGUUUCGAUGGGUUAUCUUCCAGAGUAACGCUCUCGUCCCUCAUCCAACGCAUGGCCAAAGUGGCGCACAACCAUAUCUCAACUAUGACAACAGUCAGAUUGUUUCCACUGAACAGGGCAAAUUGCAGAUCGGUGGUGACGAGCUUCUCGCAGACCUUGUCCUCACUUGUUUCCAGCUCGCACUAGAGAUGUACCUCCGCAAGGACGUGUUCAAAUUCGUGCUGCUCGAUCCCAACAGUGACAUUAAAAAACCGUCAGGCUCUAAGCUCCUGUACAACUUCGUGCAUGCCUGUUGGUCAAGCGCUGAUAUCGGGUUCGAUGGCUGUCUGGUUCAGUUGUUGGCCACAGGCCGAUGGGAGGGCCUGACCACAGAUGCAUAUUUCGACAGCAUCUUCGAUGGGAACCUCGCGCGAUAUAAUCGGGCUUAA